AUGAAAGCUAAGACGUUCAGGAAAAUGAAGAUGAAAAAGGACGCGAGGUGGUUAUUAUGGAAGCUUAUUGACAAUAUACCAAAACCAUACAUAAUCAUAGUAAAACUUCGUGAAAUCGAAUUAAUAAUUGGCUUCCUCUCUCUAUGUAUUGCUAAGGGUUUUGAGUUACUUCUGCGCUGGAGGCAGGCAAUUCUGGUCAGUGUUAGAGCAUCCAAGAAGCUUAUCGAAGAUGACCAAGAUCAUGACAAAGUUCCUUCAUCGUCUUUAUAUGCAGUCAUAUCCAACGACGACCUUUUGAUUGAAAUCUUACUCAGGUUACCCGCUGUCUCGAUUCUUCUUUCUAAAUCCGUAUCUAAACGCUGGCUUUCUCUCAUCACGGGCCCUAUUAUUUCUAUUCUACGGUGCAGCCAAAAGUCAGACGUUGAACCCCCUUGUGGUAUCUUUGUCCAGCAAUGUAUGUCUCGCCUUAUCUAUGAUUAUGUGCCGUUUGAUAUCAGAUAUCUGGUCAACAGACCGAAAACCACUUUCCGUUGUGGGUUUUCCUCUGAUGGUGACGUUGAGAUUUUGCAGUCGUGCAAUGGUUUGUUUCUCUGCCAUAUCUCUAAUCCUGAUAUACAUUACGUGUACAAUCCGUCCACUAAUCAGUAUAAGAAGCUUCCACCACACUGCAAUUAUACAGGACUUAAGAAUUCUAUCAAUAGUAUGAGGUUGGCUUUUGAUCCUAUAAAAUCACCUUACUACAAACUUGUGUUUGCUGCUGGGGUUAAACAUGAUGAUGAUCAUGGUUCUUACGUUCAAAUACAGACUUACUCAUCUAAAACAGGCACUUGGAGUAUUUGUGCCUAUGAUAAAUUUCCCAGAUCUAAGUUUUUAUCUUUUCAGGAAUCAAUAUAUCUGAAUAAUGCCCUUCAUUGGCUAAAUGAUUAUGGAAAUAUACGUUUCAAAUUAGAUGUGGAACAUCUAUUUUUAACAAGCAUACCAACACCUAAAGUAUCAGGUAGCUGUAGCUCCAAGUUAUUCGAGUCUCGUGGUUGUUUGCUUUUUGUGUGUGAAUAUGCCAUCCAACUUAUUCAUACCCGGUAUUUAAAUAUAUACGAGUUAAGCAAACAGUUUUCUGGAUGGUCAUUGAAUUAUAUUGUUGAUCUUGAUAACAUAUUGCCAAUAACCGGCGAGAUAGCUAUAAUGGGAUGUUGCCUUUGUAUUGUAUUGGGAGAAAAAAGAGAGGAUUUGUUCCUCGUGAUGGAGAUAUGUGGAAAAAUUGUGCAAUACAACUUGCUGUUAAAGACUAGUCGGGAACUUUAUGAUCGGGGACCACUUCGCCCUCCUGCAGUUGGAGGUCUUGGCCGCGGCUUUUAUCAGUUACAUGCAUCUUUUGCCAAUGUAUGA